AUGAUAGCCGCCCGUCAUGUGCUCAGGAAAUGGUGGCUCUCGCACAUAUGGCCAAAGGACUUCAGUUGGUUGGUACCAAUUGAAUCCUCCUCAGUGCCUGGACCCCCUGAGUGCCCAGCAUUGGACGAGAAGUUCCAGUCCUGCCAAACGGUGGACAAUAUCUCAUUGGCGCGGCGAGUGGGCCCUCCGGCGUUGUUAUACAGCACCGGAAUUGACAGCUCUAUCGCAGCCUUAGUGGCUCGUGUAUCUUGCAUUCCCACGGGUGGCCAUUCCUCAUGUCCGAGAGAAUAUUUCCUCUCCGCAAAAACAUCGUUGGUUUCCCUGGUGCCAACGAUGGAUUGGACCGCUGCCGAACACGAGAGUGGGGUAACGCAGAAUCACCAGCACAGAAUGCAGACCGAGGAUCAUGAUUCUUUUGCAGGAGAGAUUCAGAAACUUCCAUCACCGCCGGCCGGCAAUACGGGUGGGCAGAACCCAUCUGACCCGGCGGAUGAACAGGGUUGGCCGCAGCGUGUGUUGAAUGAGAUGAAAGAUAUGCUACUACUUCUCAGCUCUGACGGCAAGAUCUUGUAUGCAUCGCCAUCUUGCAAAUCCAUCACCGGCUACGAUGCAAACCAACUACAGCAGAACGCCUUGGAGCGCUUUAUACACAACGAUGAUAAGACCACGUUUGCCGAGGAGAUGAAUGAGUGUAUCACGACGACUCGUCCAGUGCAUUGCCAUUUCCGAUUUCGCAAGAAAGACAACAGUAGCAAUACGUCUUGCCUUUUGGAAGCACAUGGACAUCCGCAUAUGAAAACGUCCGAACCGAACGACAGUCCCGAAAAUCACAACGAAGAUUGCAUUGGCGUUUUCCUUCUGUGCCGACCUUAUCCCACGAGGGGCUCUCAGCUACUCGACUCAUUCCUGGAGCAUAAAAUCGAGAACGUGCGACUCAACCAGAGAAUAGCACAGCUUAGGGAGGAAGAGGAGGAAGACUUAGCAUCAGGACAACAGUUAUAUGCCGGUGACUCCACGGGAGAUUCUGGUUUCCGCCACAAUUCUCAUUCAGGCCGAUCCAAUUCCAAUCAAUCAUCGUUCCGCGAUACCACUGGGUCUGGUGAGGAGAACGAGUCAUCCGACACACUCACAAACGAUGACCCCGACUCCCGGUCGUACCUGGAAAAUGCCGCGGAUGAACUGGGCCAGACGGAGGACAUGUCUCAUAUUGAAGGAAUCGAGAUGUUGACGGGACUACACUACGGUGAUGGUGAACGUUCCCAGGGACUCAGUACUGGUGUUCGCCAGGGUCGCCUCAUCCGCUAUGAUAUGGAGUCAGCCAAGCUAGACCAGCAGGCCCGCGUCAUCCAGGACAGCGAUCGAAAGAAAAGACAAAAGGGUGAAUACAUGUGUACCGAUUGCGGAACCUCUGACUCUCCUGAGUGGAGAAAAGGGCCUGAGGGACCCAAGACUCUGUGUAAUGCAUGCGGAUGUAAGUCAGCAGUCCAAUACACCCUCUUUUCCUAUUCGUCGGAAAUGUCAAGCUAA